UAAGGCUGCUCCCGGACCCGGAAAUGAGUCGUCGAGUCAUCGCUGAAGCAUCACAGCUGGGAUGAGAGAGAAAGAGGAGGUACCUUCGGAGAGUACUGUUUGGAAUUGAAGAGCGGAACUCGCGAAGACAGCAGUCGAAAGGACUAGGCAAUCACGGCACCACCAAAAUGAUGGAAGAAAUCGAUAGAUUUCAGGUGCCAACGGUCCACUCUGAGAUGCAGCCUCUGGAUCCAGCUGCGUCAUCAAUCUCUGAAGGAGAUGCAGACACUCAAGAGGCAGAAACUGUUUCCAUCAAUUACAAACCAUCCCCACUUCAAAUAAAAAUAGAGAAACAGCGAGAAUUAGCAAGAAAAGGAUCUCUUAAAAAUGGAAAUAUUGGAAGCCCAGUUAACCAGCAGCCAAAGAAGAACAAUGUUAUGGCCAGAACACGGUUGGUGGUCCCAAAUAAAGGAUAUUCAUCCUUAGACCAGAGUCCAGACGAGAAGCCUCUUGUUGCUUUAGAUACAGACAGUGAUGAUGACUUUGACAUGUCUAGAUAUUCUUCAUCAGGAUAUUCUUCUGCUGAGAUUAACCAAGACUUAAAUAUCCAAUUGCUGAAGGAUGGCUACCGAUUAGAUGAAAUUCCAGAUGAUGAAGACUUGGACCUAAUCCCCCCAAAAUCUGUGAACCCUACUUGCAUGUGCUGUCAGGCAACCUCAUCUACAGCCUGUCAAAUUCAAUAACUGUGCACCAAAGUUGGCUGGGGGGAGGAGAUAUGACACCAAGAGAGAAGUAGAUGGGUACUCCCAUCUUUUCUGCACAUUUGUUAGGGACAAAAGAAGAGCAAGAUUAGCAACAAGUGGUUCCUCCUAUGGUAGGACAUGUAAUUCUCUUUGUACAGAGCCAGGAGGAAUCCAACCUUGAGCAAACUGUAAUGUGGCAGGCUGAGUAUCAGGAAGGCAGGUGGACGCUCAACAGGUACAGAAAUCAAAUGUUAUUUUUCUUAUCCAGUAAUCAUACACAUUACCAUGAAGUGUGUUUCAUGUGUCAUAUUUCAUGAUUUAUGAAUGUGUACAGGCAUACUUUUUAUAAUGAUUGAGUUGUGUCCAAGACGAUGAUUACUGGAUGAAAACAGUGCUAUCGGAAGCAAGCACAUUUUCAACACAUAUACACACAUACAAGCCAAUAAUAUUGUUUGUGAUGCAAAAACUCAUAUUUUAAUACAGUACAUAAUUGUAUUUCUAUGUAUGGUUGUUUUAAAUUAAAGUGCAACAUGCCUUACCUUGGAAACACAGCAGAAAUAGAUGUAUAUACAAAAAUGACUUUUCAUAGUGAAGAUGUGACCAUUUAAGUGAUUUAAAUUGUUUUGUAUUAAAAUGACAAUUCCAAAUCAAAAUUAUAAGAAACAACAAUAUAUUUAAUACAUGUAGUUCCAAAAUCGACAAACAGAAAUAAGAUAUCUUUUACCCGAGCUGUAAUUUUGUUCACUGUCUGUGUGGCUUUGGGUUACUUUCCACUCCUGUGUUUACUUCAGUGAUCAGUUACUUGUGCAGAACUAGCAACAACCUACUGGAGCUCCAAUUUAUUUCCCAUGUCCACAAAUAUGCUGUUUAGACUGAAUAUAUGAACUAAUGUCUAAUCCAAGGGUGUUGUCAAUCUUCUGCAUCCAGUGUUUAUCCAAACCAAUAUAUAAAAUGAGUUGUCUUUCUUGACUCUAGUGCUGGUAGUACUGAAAUGAAUAUCCAAAUUAUUUUAUAUACCAGUCAUACAAGUCUGUUAUGAUGUUUUCAUCGAUAGUGAAUGCAUCCUUUUCCGUGCAGAAACUCACAGUGCUAUUUUUGUGUUAGUAAAAUGAGAAGGAACAAAAUUACAUUCAAUGCUUGCAGAUCAGAUUACCUUUCUUCAAUGUUUAAAGAAACCAUUAAAUCCAGUGCAAUCUCAUGGCUGCCCAGAGUUUUUGAUCACCUGAAUUUCUGAAGAAAUGUAAUAUACUUUAAAUUUUACAUGUAUUCUUUUGGCUUUGUUGGAACUGAAAGUUUUAAGUAUAUUAUUUCUUCAUUAAUUCUAUUUGUCUGUUCUUGCUGAGCUUCCAGAAGUUAGUCAAUACAUUUCUAUACUCAGCAAGCAGUUACUUGGCUGUCUGUUAGCAUUAGCAGAAUGCCAUGCAAGGCUCUGAAAGGCUGAAUUCUUUGUCAUUGCUCAUCAGUUGAUAUUCAUCUUUUAGUGGACUGAGACUUGAUUCUUACUGUUCAAAAAAGCCAAAACCUGCACAAUCUAGACUGCUUUGAGUAUCUUAGGUUGGAUUCUACUUGCUCUCAACUUUUGUGUUCAUGUAUUUUCAACAGCCGUUCUGGUAGCAUUUGUUAAAGGUUAGUGAAACACAAUAACGAUGCAGCUUUGGCCUCCUGACAUAUUUUGUUCAUUUUAGUAAUUUCUUCUCUCUUACUCCUGUACAGUAUAUGCAUAUCUUGCAAACAGAACCCCACUCAAGACAUAUUAGUAAAUAUAAGUAAAUCUCAUAAGGUACCUUUUGUGAAAAAAGGGUAGUCUUGCCUGACUUUUACAGGUUCAUCAUUUUUUCAUAUCUUGCCCUUUUUUUGUAGAUUCUCAACAGGGAUUGGAGUUUUUUUUAAUGUAUUUUUAUCAUAUCAUUUGGAGAAAAAAGCAAUCAAAUUGUUGUGUCCUUUUAGCAUAGAAGUGUGAUAAAACCAUAUGAAAUCAUAACAAAACAAUAAAUAUUUUUUACUGAGUAUGAUUCCAAUAAAAAAAAAACAAAAGAUUAUCUGAACCGUUGUAUAACUCAAUAAGACAAUUCAGUGCGACACUACUGAAUUUACUGGUGCAGUGUGAGUCUUGGUUCUAUUCCGUAAAUCAUUUUACAUACUUAAGUUUGUUUUAGCUUGUUCAGUGAAGACUGUUUCAUUGUUGUUAGAGUUGAGCUAUAUGAUUUUCAUGUCGGCUAUUAAAAAAUUACUUAUUUUGGAGGCAGGGGUGGUGGAGGAUUAUAGUGAUGGUGCAGCAUAGCUGACAGUCUUUUUUUAUCUUUUUUUAAACUUGUGUAUUGUGUCUUUAUCUUGACUUGCACCACAUCAUCUCUGGCUUCUUUCUUUUCUACUUUUUUUGCCUUUAUUUUCUUUUUCUUCUUUCGUUAUUUGAUGUGUUUGUGGAUUCUUAAAUUUACAAAGCUAUCUGUUGACAUUUACAGUCAUUUUCACCAAGGAGAAGAAACUGACAAAAUAAAAACCACAGGAAUACAAGCAGUAAAUGAAAACUACAAAACAAAUAUUAGAUUUUUUCUUUUAGUUCAAAGUAAACAAAAUAAAUGGAAAAAAAUCUGCAACUAUGUUAAGUGCCAUUGAGAAUUUGUGAUUUUCCUAUAAUAUCAAUCUAUUGACCUCAAAAUAAUUUUAGCAAUAAUUUGUAAUGUAUCAGCUCUUUACAUUUACAUUAGUCUGCCUUAAUUUUUCAGAUUAUUCACCUGCACAUUUAUUAAAAAAAUAAGCAAAUGUUUUGUUGAUAAGGCAAUUUGCUUAUGCUGGAUGUGCAUUAAUUGAUUGGUUGCAGGUUUUCUAAAUUAUCCAUUCCACUUAAUGUACAUUAAUUGAUAUGUUACAGGGUUUCUAAACUAUAAUCCAGUCCCCACUUAAAAUUUUUGGGGUGUUUUAUUUUUAUUUUUUUUUAUGUACUAUUUUCUUGCCUCAUGUUUGCUAAAAACUAGAAAUUUCUUAGGUAAACUAAGUCCAUCUUUACUGUUUCUUCACUACUUUUUCAAAUAAGAAACACAGUUUCUUCUUGUUCUGAAGAAACAGGUAUUCUUGUUAUAUUCUGUGAUUAGAAAAAAAA